UUGUAAUAUUACAUAACCCUUUUCAGUUUUUUUGUUCUUCCCCAACAAAAGAAAAACACUAGUUCAAAAGGGUACAGUUGAAUAGCUGUCGUAUCCUUAUAAAGUAUCUAUAUAAUUAAAUUUCCUAUAUAUAAGCAUUAAAAAAAAAUAAAAAAAACCAGAACUAGGAGGGAUCUCUCCACUCCGACCAAAAGAAAAAUAUUUAAGCGCAUGCUCCAUGUGCAUCUUCUAGGAAAAGUGACGUGCACUUUGGAUGGACAAAACAAAAGUAGAAAUAAAAUCGAAGUCGUGCACUUCGGCUCGUUUCAAAGGCUUACUGGAGAGCUCCCUGUCUGUGUUUGACGUUUUCCUCACUGACCUCUCUAAUGGACCUUUCCCGUGCUCUGAGAUACCAACCUCUUAAGCUUCCUUUGUUUCCUCCUCAAUUCCAAAACCCAAUCAACCAUCUUCAUCCAAAGCCCACAUUUUUAGUCCCCAGAGGAACUCGCCUAAUGGUUACCGCCAAGAAAAGGCCACCCAUUGAAGGUGUAAGUGAGGAGCUGAACUCGAUCGCUAACCAGAACCUCGACUUUGCUUAUACUCGCAGGCAGGUUCGAUCCGCUUUCGUUGAGGUCCAGCAACAGCUUGAUCAUUGCUUGUUUAAGUUGGCUCCUACUGGGAUCAGAACAGAGGAGUGGUACGAAAGAAAUUCGAGGGGGUUGCAAAUUUUCUGUAAAAGCUGGAUGCCAAAACAAGGUGUUCCAAUUAAAGGUGUUUUGUUUUUUUGUCAUGGGUAUGGUGACACUUGCGUUUUCUUCUUUGAAGGUAUAGCCAGGCGAAUUGCUGCAUCUGGGUACGCUGUAUAUGCCAUGGACUAUCCAGGUUUUGGUCUUUCUGAAGGAUUGCAUGGUUACAUUCCAAGCUUUGAUCAAUUAGCUGAUGAUGUGAUUGAACAGUACACAAAGAUUAAAGGAAGACCAGAGUUGAAAGGGUUGCCCCACUUUAUAUUGGGGCAGUCCAUGGGUGGAGCCGUUACUCUCAAAGUUCACUUAAAGGAACCAUAUGCAUGGGAUGGAGUUGUUCUCGUGGCCCCAAUGUGUAAAAUUGCAGAGGAUGUAACGCCUCCAGCAGCUGCUCAGAAGAUAUUAAUUCUUAUGUCAAAAGUUAUGCCGAAAGCAAAGCUUAUCCCACAGAAAGAUUUAGCUGAGCUGGCUUUCAGAGAUCCGAUAAAAAGGAAAAUGGCUGUUUACAAUGUGACAUGCUACAAUGAUCACGUGCGGUUGAAGACUGCAGUGGAACUUCUAUAUGCUACCAAGGAUAUUGAGAUGCAAGUUGAGAAGGUUUCAUCUCCACUGCUAAUUCUUCAUGGAGCAGCAGAUAAGGUGACUGAUCCCCUAGUGAGUCAGUAUCUUUAUGAGAAGGCCUCUAGCGAGGAUAAAACCCUUAAACUCUACCCGGAAGGUUAUCAUUGCAUUCUUGAAGGAGAACCUGAUGACAGAAUUUUUUCAGUCCUUGAUGAUAUUAUCACUUGGCUUGAUUCCCGGUGUGCCCUGACAUAGAUGUUCUCGUUGAAUCUGUGGCAUCGCCAUUUCAUCUAUUGCUUUUUUUUUUUUCAUAAAAAAAUUUCUGGUGAAGAAUAAUGGAUUUAUAUAUAAAAUAAAUUAUGUAAAUUUAAAUAAUACAUCAUUGCAUGUCCAUCCGUUGUGUUCAUUCUUCUGUUGUAUGCAACGUGGGAAAUGUUCCAUCUA